AUGCCUACAGAACAGCAAGAUCCAUCACAGAAUCCUAAUUCUGCCUAUUAUCUUAGUAACAGUAAUUUGAAUGCCACUAAAUCAGCGAGAAUUGAGUUUGAAGGUGAAGGAAAAAGUUUCAGUGAUUGGAAAAGAUCAAUGAUGAUAGCAUUGUCUGCUAGAAACAAGCUUUGCUUUGUAGAUGGCAGCCUAAGUCAACCAGCAGUAAAUUCUGCAAACUAUAGAAUGUGGAUCAGAUGCAAUGAUUUGGUCAUUUCAUGGAUGUUGGCUUCUCUUGAACCUUCGAUUGCAAGAAGUGUUCUAUAUCUUAAAACAGCAAGAGCAAUUUGGCUUGAAUUGGAAGAAAGAUAUUGCAGAGAAUCUGGACCUCAACUAUUUUCUAUUCAACAGCAACUAAGUGAAUUAACACAAGGUGAUGAUGAAGCUGUUGCUAGUUUUUUUACCAAGAUCAAACUUCUGUGGGAUCAGCUUGAUGGAUUGGAACCUUUACCUAUCUGUGUUUGCACUGGUUGUAGUUGUACACUCACUCAGAAAUUGUUAAAAACACAGCAGAAUCAAAGAUUGAUUUAG